UGCCCCAACUUUGUAUCAUUCUGGAGAGAAGGAUUGCCUGCGCCCAAUUUGACUGAAAGUGAAGUUUUCGAUUGCGACAAGUUGAAGUCAUUACCUGACAAAAUGAGUACUCUUCUCCCAAAGUUAGAAUAUCUCCACAUAUCCGACUGCCCAGAAAUUGAGUCGUUUCCAGAAGGGGGUAUGCCACCUAACCUGAGAACAGUUUGGAUUGAGAAUUGUGAGAAACUACUGAGCGGCCUAGCAUGGCCAUCCAUGGGCAUGCUUACCCAUCUCUAUCUUUUUGGUCCAUGUGAUGGCAUCAAGUCCUUCCCUAAGGAGGGUUUGCUGCUUCCCUCCCUCAUGUCUCUGUAUCUAUAUAACUUAUCAAAUCUGGAGAUGUUGGACUGCACAGGGCUUUUCCAUCUCUCAUCCCUCCAAGAAUUAACCAUAGGGGGAUGUCCUUUGCUGGAGAAUAUGGUGGGAGAAAGGCUUCCUGUCUCUCUAAUAAAAUUAACCAUAAAGAGUUGUCUUUUGCUGGAAAAACAAUGCCGCAGGAAGCACCCUCAAAUUUGGCCUAAAAUAUCCCAUAUCCGAGGCAUUAAUGUUGAUGGUAGAUGGAUUUAGUGACCAAGGAUGAGCACCAGGGAAUAAGAGCAUUAUUAAAGGCAACAUAUAUGAGAAUGUUUCUUAUGUUCCUCUAGCUUCAAAGAAGAAAUAACAAUACAGAGAUGGAAGAUUGGCCUGUAGAAACUGCACCUGUCAAUGGAUAUGAAUUUAACUUUGAACUAGAUCUAAAUGGAACUUGUGAUUUAAUUGACGAGACACUGAUGUUUUCUAAACACCUGAAUUUUUAACUGAAAAGCUUUUCAUUGCA